UGCUUUACUUAGUGUUUGGGGGGGGGGGAAUUGAUGCAAAUCCCUAUGACACAGACUUCGAGGACUACCUUUUUGAGGAGGAGCCUUCUCAAAACACACACACACAGAAAGAAAUGUUUCAGGCUAUUUAGUCGGUGGCAAUCGACAGAGAAGGGGAGCCUGAGUCAAGUCAACUCUACUCGAUUAUACGCCAAAUUGGAUGGAUCUUUACGAGCUUUUGUGAUGUCGUUUUAUUAAAACUCUUGACUUUUUGUCCUGAUUUGACAGCCAGAAAAUUCGAUUGGAUUGGAGGGAUAAAGAAAUGGACGAACGCUCCCAAGGGCGGGCUCCACUUUCUCACAGCCACUACCCGAAGGAAGCCGUGAAGAAGCGAGGGAUCAAUGUCAGCCGAGACUCGAGGGGCAGCACCUCGUCCCGAGCUUCCAGGAAGAGUUUCCGGCUGGAUUACCGCCUGGAGGAGGACGUCACCAAAUCCAAGAGGGGAGAAAACGGCCGGUUCGUUAACCCUUGGCCGACCUGGAAACCUCCAGCUUUCACCAGCGUCCUGAAAUGGGCCCUAAUGGAGAAAGACCACAGCAACAUCCCCAGCUCCAAAGAGGAGCUUGAUGAAGCACUGCCAAUAGUGGAGCCGUACUUCGUCAAAGACCCCGAGUUGGUGGGUCGGACGGGCAAUGGGAUCCGGGUGACCUGGAUGGGACAUGCCUCUCUGAUGGUGGAAAUGGAGGGACUCGUCAUUCUAACCGACCCCAUCUUCAGCCAGCGAGCCUCGCCUGUGCAGUUCCUGGGGCCCAAGCGAUUCCGAAGCCCACCCUGCGCUCUGUCCCAGCUCCCCACCAUAGACGCCGUGGUCAUCAGCCACACGCACUACGACCAUUUGGAUUACAACACGGUGGUGAGUCUCAACGAGAGGUUUGGCAGUGACCUGCGCUGGUUUGUGCCUCUGGGCCUCUUGGACUGGAUGCAGAAGUGUGGCUGUGAGAAUGUGAUCGAGCUGGACUGGUGGGAGGAGAACUGUGUGCCCGGACACGACGACAUCACCUUUGUGUUCACCCCGGUGCAGCACUGGAGCAAGCGGACGGUCACAGAUGACAACAAGGUGCUGUGGGGCAGCUGGUGUGUCCUGGGACCUUGGAAUAGAUUUUUUUUUGCCGGAGAUACAGGUUACUGCGUGGCCUUCGAACAGAUAGGGAAACGGUACGGACCUUUUGACCUGGCCGCCAUUCCGAUUGGAGCCUACGAACCGAGGUGGUUCAUGAAAUAUCAACAUGUAAAUCCAGAGGAAGCUGUGAGGAUUCAUAUAGAUGUUCAAGCAAAAAAAUCUGUGGGAAUUCACUGGGGAACAUUUGCCUUGGCCAAUGAAUAUUACCUGGAACCUCGGAGCAAGCUCGAAGAAGCUCGCGAGAGAUAUGGAUUGAAACCAGAAGAUUUCUUUGUUUUGAAACACGGAGAAUCCAAGAACUUGAGUGAGGAGGAAGGCUUUGAAUGAAGAUGCAGCGCAGAAGAGGUGGAGCAGGCUCACCUCGACAUCGAUCAUGGUUAAGCUUGGUCUGAAAUUUCAUUGAAGUGCCAUUAGUUCAUGAAUCAUCUACAUUGAUUAAUCCUUGUGCACAAGUUCUCAAAUCAAGCAUGAAAUAUGCUCACAU